CCGUGACCCAUGAAGAUGAUCAAAACUUGACAAACCAAAAUUCUUUAGUGUUGGAGAAGGAAAUCUUAAUUCAAGAAAGUUCUUGCUGCCAAAUGGAUACAGAGCCUAUUGAAAAUGCAGUUGUAACACAGUAUACAGACCUUAACUUAAUAAGCCAAGCCCCAGAUAAUAUUGCUUUGGUCGAGCAAGACAAUCUUAAAACGACAAUACAACAGAGUAAGAAUAAUGACAAAACUCCCUUAGAGCAGGACGCGUUAUUGCAAGAUGAGCUUAAUUUCGAAAUCGACUCGGACGAUGUCCUUUCAUUGAUCACUUCCUGGGAUGGCGACAUGGACGACAUUGAUGAGCGAAAUUCAAUUGUGAAUGAAAUGGAUAGGAAUGAAUCAGAUAUUGCUGCUUCAAUUGUUGACUCUAUGAGUCCAUUGACAGCGCUUACUACAACUGCUGUCAGUCCAGAAGCUACAGCUCAUCCGGCAACUAAUGCUGUAGAAACCAACAUAUCACAUAAUGACUUGCGCAGCUUUCGUAUUCCCAAGAAAACGAAUAAUCCAAAGUUGCAGCUUGAGACGCUGCAGGAACCACAUAAACAGGCGUUGGUGAAUGGAGAGCAGCAACAACGAGAGUCCGAGAAAGCGAGACAACAGCCUGCUAACAACAUCGAGCACAAGCAGCAACAUCGAGUCGUUAAUGGCAGACAGCAACAAAAAGAGUCUUUAGUAAAUGACAAUCGCCAGCUGCCCAGAUGCAAUGCUCAGAAAGAACCGUUCUUUAAUGGCAAUCCACAGCAGCCCACAAUAGCCAAUUUGCAGUGGCAAAAGCCUCUGAAGCAAGAAACACAGCUAUGCAGGCCGACACGAGCAGCAGUUCCGGAUGCAGUUCCCAUCUUUGCACCACCUUAUCAAAGGUCAGAGCAGCCAGCAGCGUCAAGCAACGUGUCCAGCACUUUCAACAUCUAUAGAGGCAUGGGACGCAACAGCGCCGCGUUUGACAUCAAAUGCUGGAAAUAUUUGGAUGGUUACUGCGCCAAUCCCAACUGCAAUCAUCAACUUAGCGAGAUUGGUGAUGUUAGGCGUCGUCUGGACUCCAUGACCAAUAAACAACUUAUUGACUGCUAUAACUUCAUGUUGCGCCAUAGGCUUCUAUUUCAAAAGUAUUUCGCUUUGUUUGCCACAAUCUUUGGCAGUCGUCAGAUGCGCAACUAUAUGCUCAGGAUGAUUAACGAUUGUUGUCUGUAUAUGGAGUUGUGUGCACCAUUUAUAGUCGAUAUCUACGAAACGCUGUUACGCUUUCAUAUGUCACCACAGGUGACUGUCGCUCACCUAAUGAAAUAUCUGUGGCAACCAAAUGCAUUGCUGCAAUAUCCGCUGUUAAUCAACGAGUUGCUCAAAAUAUUGGCCAUUCAAUAUUGGCACAAUUAUAUGCCGCAAUUGGAGCAACUCUUUGAUACCCUUGAAUUUCCUAUUCCUCUGGAGUUCGGCAGGCGAAUUGCUGAGUUUGCUGUGACCCAGAAAAAUGAAAUGCUCAAGAUAAAUGUAUGUAAGCUGGUUCUUUAUACUCCUAUAGGCCGUUCGUACUCGACUGCGACAACGGUUGCUGAAAUCUUACGCAACGAUAGCGCAGGUCAGCCAAAUCCGCAACUGGAAACGCUGCUGCUUGCAAUCCGAAAGCUGAUUCAGCUAUCUCAUCAACAGCAGCAUCAAAUUCAUUCGCAACAUCAUCAAUAUCCCCAGCAACAACAGCAACCUUAUUCGCCGAAUUCCAUUGAGCAUCAAAGUUUUCGUCAUAAUCAGCAGCAACAGCGACCGCAACAUUCUCGUUAUCAGCAGCAGCAACACUUUAAGCGUCACCAAGAACUUCGACCACGCACCAAGAGCUGGGUGGACAAACCCUAAAAUAAGCCUCUAUAAUAAGUUCAAGCAGCAGCUACGAUGUUUCGUUUUAAAGCUACCUGCUUUCAUCAAUUUAAUCAUCUUUUUAUUUCAUUACAGCUUACUUACAGCCAUAAGAUUUGAAUUAGUUUAAGUGUGCUGUUGGACAGCACCAAAGUUUUGUUUUUAACCUUCUUAAUCUUAGUCCACUACUGGAG